AUGGCCGUUUUUACCGUCACAUUGCAAAAUUCCGGCGAGGGCCUCGAUUCCAGCUUUCAGUGUGCCGAUGAUACAUAUAUACUAGAUGCGGCUGAGGAACAGGGCUUCGACUUGCCUUAUUCCUGUCGUGCCGGCGCAUGUUCUACCUGUGCUGGAAAGCUGGUUUCUGGUACAGUUGAUCAGGAUGAUCAAUCCUUUUUAGAUGAUGACCAGAUCGAGGCUGGAUACGUCCUACUUUGCGUCGCCUAUCCAACGAGCGACUGCGUUAUUACCACACACAAAGAAGAGGAAUUAUAUUGA